AUGAAUUCAUCGACAAUAAACAGAUCUUAGUAUGGAAAUUUAAGCAUUCAAAGUAAUGGCUUAAAAAAUAGACCUCUAAGUGCGGCAACAUUUAAAGGAAUUUACAGCAAGAAGCCAAAAGAUUCUAAGUUAAAUAUUGAUUCUUUUAUGAAUACUCAUGCAGGCUCUAUAAUUAACCCUAAUUCUUUGAAUGACGACUAAUCUGUGAAUUAAGAUACAGAUAGAUUUAAUAGAAAUAAUGUAUACCAUGAGAUAGUUAAAAAAAGACCUUAAAUUGCUAAAGUAGAUAAGGAAAAAUUAUAUGAAGAAUCAAUACAGCUAAAUAGAUAAGUUGAGAAGCUAAGAAAUGAUUAAUAGUAGCUUCUUAAAGAAUUAUAAAGGGUAGAAAAUGAAAAAAUAAAGUAUCAAAAGCUAAUAUCAGAAGUAGAAACAUAUGUAGACAAGAAGAAGGGCCAAAAGAUAUCUUUAAAGGAGAGUUGGCUUGUUAUAAACUUAAAAAAGUAGUUACAAAACCUUAAAAAUGACAUUCAGUAUAAAAAAAGUGUUGUCAUAGAUUUAAAAAGAGAUCCUUUUACCACUUAAAAAUAAGAACAUGAGAUAUUUGUCAAAGUUUAUCAGGAAAUCGCUGAGUAGUAUAGAGUAAAAACUAAGCAAUUAUAAAAGUAAAAUAGCUAAAAAGUAACAAAUAAUAAAGUGGAUAAUGCUACAGAUAAUAACUAAGAAGCCACCGACAAUUCUUUUAAUAGCAAUUCUAACUCUUCAGAAGUUAAAGCUAUUGAAUUAGAAUGUGAAUUUAAAAUACUGCAAAAUUAAAAUGAAGAAUUUGAAUGCCAAUAGAGUAUUAUUGAGCGUAAAGUUGCCCAUACACUAAUAUAGCUUAGUUAAUGUAAAGAAGAAUUAAAGGAAAAAGAGAAAGAUAUAGAAUAUUUAAAGGAAGAAAUUCAAAGGAUGAUUGAAAAGGAAAAAAAAAACAAAGAAAUAAACUCAAAAAUAAAUACUUUUAAACUAAAAAAUUAAAAUAAAAAUGGAGAAGAAAUUAGAUAAAGAAAAAAUUCAGAGCUAGAAAGAAUGAAAGACCCAAGCUACUAACUAUUAAAAGAAAAAGAUAUUUAAAUCGAAGAAAACUAUAAAAAGAUUACAUAAUUGAAGCAAACACUACAAGAAAUUACAAAUUUUGAAAUAAAUUCGAAAAAUGAGCUAAACGAUGAGCUUAAUCACUUGAAAUAAGUUUUCAAUACUCUUGAAGCAAAAUAUGAACAACUAAAUUAAGAAGCUGACGAAUUCAAUAACUAAAUACCUCUAGAAAAUUUCCCUAAACUUGGUUAUCAAUUUCAAAUAACGAAUAAUAUUUUGCAAAAAUAAGAUGGAAAACCAUAAGUAAAAGUACCUAAAGUUACAUCGUUUGACAUCAAAGUGAUAGCUCAUGAAAUUAAACUCAGACUUACAUUAAAAGCUAUACCUAUAGUAGAGGCUGUUAAAAAGUUGUUUAGCCAAGAAGUUAGGAAAAAUUCUCAUGUCACAAUUGACGAAAUGAGAGAAAGAUUAUAAAUGUCUCCUUUUUCAAUAAAAGUUUAUGAUGAAGCAUUGCUUUUUGCUCGUUAUUUAGUUGAAGAUAAUUAAGAAGAAUUUUUAUACUUAGAUUUAAAUAGGUCAAGUAACUACAGGGUCAUAAGAAGUAUUUUCAAAACCUCAAUAGGAUAAAUAAAUAUAAUAGAUGAAGAGACUGAAAAAAUAAAGUGGAAAUAGUUGUCAUUAAAAAUUACACAGUUCUAACAAGGACUUUAAGAAACUUCAAAUAUGUAUUCAAAAACAGGGAUAUUAAGUAGUGAAUAUGUCUAAAGAUGUCUGGAAGAAACACUAAAUGAAAUAGAUCAAGAAGAAAUUGAUUAUGUGCUAAUGAGGAUGUUUGAAGCUACCAACAAUUACAAGCGUUUAAAUAUGGAACUCAUGUUUGAAAUAUUUAAUGUUAAUAAUUGGAAAUCUAGAAGCUAAAGAAAAGAGCUUUACUAAGUCUAUUUGGAAGAUGGCGUUUAAAUAGAUGAUGAAAUUGAUAGAUUCCCUACUGAAAUAAAUAAUAGUAUGAUGUCAAAUUAAAAUGAAAAUGAAGUUAGUCCUAAUAAUUUAAAUAAUAUGAUCAUUCCUCUUUCACAAUUUAAGUAUUUAUGA